AACCGCGACAAUUCACGAACUUCACGAAUUCUUCUCUUACUGCGGGAUAUUUGAGAGAUAAGGCAUCGCAUACAUACCAGAGUCACAAAAGCAACAACAACGCGAAUCUUCGAGACGAGAAGAAGCGAAGCAAUCAUGGCUCUGAACGAUGGCAAAGGACCGCCGGAGUACUAUUACCAGAAACACUACCAGUGCGGUCACACGAUCAACAGGUUUGGAUGGUGCAACAACGAGCUGUACGACCAAUUCAAAGAAGGAUGAGCAAGCAAGCCGCCGAACUUCAGCAACUCCGUCUAAAAAGCACAGAAGACGGUGCAGAGCUCAAGAGACUCCACUAUGUACUCCAUGAUCAGACCACCAAGGUCAAUCUGCAAGUACUCGCUCGUCAGAGAAUGGAAAAAGAGAAGAGCGCUGAGAUCGAGAAGUUGAUGGCAUCACUGAAGGCGAACGAGGCAGAGGCGGAGAAACAAAAGAGCAUCGCCUACCGCCAGGAGAUGGAGCUGGGGGACCUCCGUAAGAAAGUCAAGCAGCCUGCUGCAACAAUCAAUCCAACCACGGCGAAUCUCGUCAACAAGACACUAUUUGCCGAGACUCUAUAUGGAAAAGAGGUUCUGAAAAUGGCAACCAUCGGCUUCAUCACCCCUAUUCUAUCCGGCUUCGCGAAUCUGAAGGGGGAGCUGACAGAACACAGAUGGAGCCCCUUCGUCGGCUCAUUGUUCACGGAACUACAAGAGGCGGUUCGACGGAACAGUUGGGAGGAUAUCUGCGAGAUCCGCGACCGUAUGCAAACCUUUGCGGAAGCCUUUGAUAACUAUUUCAUGGAGAAGGUGGAGAAGGCUGAGAAAGAGAUCGUCGAGCAGUGCAAGACGGGGCUCCAACACGUGUUGUCUCGAUGGUGCUCGGACAAUCGCAUUUGUUGAAUUCUGCUUCUGCAAUUUCUGGAGAAUCAAUAAGCCUGGAUGUACAUGUUGCUAGAGUUACAGACCG